CCCCCCCCUUUCUUGUUUUUCAGAAAUGCCCUUCAAAGACGUGUGCAAAACACCGAGGGAGCUGUAAUGUCUGAACUUGUGUGGCGGGGCUGCUCUCUGAAGCGGUUUUUAGGGGCCAAAGACACAGUCGGACGCCGCGUGGGCGAGACGAGCUGAGGAAGGAUCCUGGCCUGCAGGGGGAGAUGGACUGGCUGUGACGGGGCCUGCCUGCUGCACCCGGAGGCGGGGAGGAGGAGGGGGCGACUGAGGAUGAAGAGUUCCUGCCGAGCCGGCCUCCACAGGGAACUGCUGAAUUCCACGUCCUCCGCCUUCCAACAGGUCAAACGAAUAUCUGGCAUGCACUUAAAGCCAUAUCUCAAGCUUCAGAAGAAAGAGCGGCCUCUAGAAAUAAGCCAGGACCCCCCACAAAGCACACCCAUGAGCCAACAGCGGCUGGCCAAUGAGGAAAAGCGCAGCAGUCCCAAGGCUGGCUUCUUAGCUAGCCCGCCUCUCCGCAAGCCACUGGGGAACCUUUCCGCCAACUCCCUCUGUGGCAGGAAUGGUGGUCGAGUUCACGCCGAAGGGCGAAGCGGGAAGGAGAAGCGGAGCGCUCUGCCCGCCACCAUCCACCAGGGGGAGGACGGAGAGCCGUUGCUGGACAUCUGGGCAGUUGUGAAACCGGGGAACACCAAGGAGAAGAUUGCCUUCUUCGCAGCCCAGCAGUGCGCUGACAACCGGCUCUGCUCCAUGAAGAACAAAAGCACUUGGGACAUCGACGGGAGGGCGACCAAGCGGAGGAAAAAAUCGCUCGACCUCAGGAAGGCCAAGAUCCACCUGGAAAGGCCACGAGAGACUAGUGGGAGGUGCUACGAGCCGUUCGCCUGCGGCAUUGAGCACUGCUCUGUCCAUAAUGUGAAUGACGGCGGGGAGGGGGGUUUCCCCGGGAGGCCUUUAUCCGUGAUCGAGAUGGUCGCUUUCCUGGAACAACGAGCGAGUGUUUUGCUUGCUGACUGCACCAAGAACUGCCCCGGUGCCCCAACCGUUACUAGGUGUCCCGGGCAAGCCAAAGUCUCACUUCCCUCAUCCAGCCCCUUUUCCAACUUGGGAGGCCACGAGACUCCACCUGAAAAGGCAACCUGCGGGACCAGCAGCGACGGAGAGCAGCAGGCCGAGCCCGUGCGGGUGUUGGACAUGGUGGCGAAGCUGGAAUCGGAGUGCCUGAGACGGCAAAGCGAACGGGAAGCGGGAAGCCUCUCACGAAACAACAGCUUCCGGAGGAACGUUGGGCGGGUGCUGCUGGCAAGUGGAACACCGGCUGAGAAUGAAGCCGGCAAGGAGCCUUCCGGGGUUCUUAAUCAGGAAGAACGGGGCAAGGAUGACAACGAGAGAUCAAAGUGUGGCUCUACGGAGGAAGACAAUUUCUGGGAAGUUCCGCCGCCUGUCCAGUUGUCAUCAUUUGUGGAGAAUUCAAGUUCUCAGCUCGAUCUGGGAACUCCAUCACGAUCUAAGGUUACGCUACAACUCCCUUCUACAUAUCCAGAAGCCGCUCAGGCGUGUCUACGUUCCUUACACGGGGAAAAUGCAGCCUUUGCUUCUACACCUAAAGAACCAGGAGAUGUUUCUAACCCAAAUUCGCAUCUCAGGACGAAAGAGUCCUUAAAUAUUAGCAUCUCUGUCAUAAAGAUGGAUAAACUGUGUAGAAAAGCUCACCCUUCUGACUCGAGCUUCGGGGAAGAUUCUCUUCCGGGGAGGUUAUUCCUACUGUUGUCUGAGCGCGAAACUCGCCGCAAGCAUCUCCGUACAGGGGACGCUACUGCAGAAGAGCACCGAGUGGAUGUUGACAGGAAGGGAGACCCUCCCACUGACACACCUUGUGUAAUCAGCGGCGUCUCCGGGGAACCCGUGGAAGCCCUCUUGCAGGGCCCCGAUGCUUGUCAUUUAAAGAGGCAGCGAUCGCAUGACUUUCUGGAGACCCGCUUCAAGAUCCAGCAGCUGCUGGAGCCCCAGCAGUACCUGGUCUUCCUCCCCCACCACAUCCUUGUGAAGAUCUUCGGCCUGCUGCCCACCAGGAGCCUGGUGGCCCUCAAAUGCACUUGCGGCUAUUUCAAAUUCAUCAUUGAGUACUACAACAUCCGGCCGGCCGAUUCCCGCUGGGUGCGCGACCCCCGCUACCGGGAGGACCCGUGCAAGCAGUGCAAGAAGAAGUACGUCAAGGGGGACGUCUCGCUCUGCCGGUGGCACCCCAAGCCCUAUUGCCAAGCUUUGCCCUAUGGACCCGGCUACUGGAUGUGUUGCCACCGGGCCCAGAAGAAUGUCCCCGGGUGCAAACUAGGCCUCCACGACAAUCAUUGGGUCCCUGCGUGCCACAGCUUUAACCGGGCUAUUCACAAGAAGCCCCGGGAAACGGAAGAGGAGUGUUAGCCCCCGAUCCGGUGGCUUCUUUGGGAGGCCUCCGUUCCUGGACAGAAGGAGGAUUUUUUCACGCCUUGUGCUGUUUACGCUGUACAUAGUUUGUGGGUGGUUUUUCUCCCCCCCCCCCCCUUUCCCAUAUCCUUUCCAUGGGGCUUUGAAACUGCACAUACUUUAAAUCAUGAGAGCCUUUUAGAGGAAAGAGAGCACCCGCCCCGGCCCACCUGUGUAAAUAAUAUCCCAGAAAUUCCCUUUUUGUCUGUGAGAAUUGUCUUUCUCAGCAGCUGGCUAGCCAAGCCCCUCCCCCCAAAAUCGCUACAACGCAGCGGCAGAGAGUGUUGCGGCUACUCGGUCCCCGUGUUUUAAAGUGGUCUCGUUCUUGGAAAUCUGUAUAUCCUGUAUAAUAUAUACAUAUUAUAUAUAAAAUUAUAUAUAUAUAUAUUAAAAAGAAAAAAAAAACGUUUCUGGAAAAAGAAACUCUAAAUAGGUAAAGGUGAAAGAGAUGGUUUAAACUGGACAACCUUAAAAACUAGCCUAGAACAAAAUAUUUGUUAUAUCUUAGGGGGGGGGCCGUCAGAGGAAAGAAGAAUGUUAUCCUUUAGAAAAGAUGUCGCGAAAAGCUCUUGCUGACGGCCCCCACUUAUCUGGUUUUCCUUCUUUUUUUUUUUUACUUAAAUAAAAUGUGCAUUCUCAA